GUUAGGUAUGUUUGCUCCUCCGCGGGCCGAUUGACGAGCGGGAUUUCUUGUAUCGAUCAUAAGCAUCCGACGAAUUAGGAGUCCGGACGUAGGCAGGCGCUCGAUCUACCAACGGAGAUCCACGCCGGCUUCCCCUCUCUCCUCCCCUGAUUCGAUCUCCGCCUUGGACGCCUUUGGUGGACGAGUCGGAUUAGGGUUUCUCGGUCUCCGGUCGAUCGCAGAGAAGCCCGAUCCGUUCCAUGGCGUCGCGCGGCGCUUUUCCCUCUUCUCCCCAUCUGGUUCUCGCCGUCGUCCUCCUCUUCCUUGCCUUCUCUCCGCACCUUUUCGUUGUGGCGGAGGACGAGAUCACUCACGAGGACGAUGAUGCCCCGAGAUCUCCCAACUGUAACAACAAAUUCCAGCUGGUGAAGAUAGAAAACUGGGUGAAUGGGACUCAAGGCACAAGCAUUGUUGGACUAAGUGCCAGAUUUGGCACUAGUGUGCCCCGCCUAGCUUCUGAUGCUCAAAAAAAUUCUGCUCUUCUUACAAAUCCUCUGAAUUGUUGUGCAAACUUGACAUCUAAGUUAACUAAUUCUGUUGCCUUGGCUAAGCGUGGAGACUGUACCUUCACUGCUAAAGCAAAGGUUGCACAGUUGGGUGGUGCAGCAGGCUUAUUGGUGAUCAAUGAUAAUGAAGAUCUAUACAAGAUGGUUUGUACAGAAAAUGACACUUCUCUUAACCUGACAAUACCUGUUGUGAUGAUACCCAAGUCCGCAGGGGAUUAUCUGAAGGAUACCUUGAUCAGUGGCCAAAGGGUGGAAGUUCUCUUGUAUUCCCCAAAUCGUCCAGUUGUGGAUCUCUCAGCAACCUUUCUAUGGUUAAUGGCUGUUGGAACCAUAGUUUGUGCUUCACUAUGGGCAGAAAUCAUUGCUGGCGAGCAGAUUGAUGAUCGAUACAAUCAAUUGACUAGGAAGGAUCAGCUCAAUGCCGGUGCUGAAAACAGGGAAGAAUCUGAGAAGGAGAUCCUUGAGAUUAAUGCGAAGGGAGCUAUAAUUUUUGUUAUAGCAGCAUCAGUUUUUCUCUUGCUUCUUUUCUAUUUUAUGUCAUCUUGGUUCAUUUGGCUGCUGAUCGUAUUGUUCUGUAUUGGUGGUACAGAGGGUAUGCAUGUUUGUUCAGUGACUCUGAUAUCAAGGUUUUGCAAAGACUGUGGACAGAAGACUGUAAAUCUUCCCAUUAUUGGCGAGGUCUUGAUCCUUUCAGUCGUAGUACUGCCAUUUUGUGCUGCUUUUGCCAUUCUGUGGGCUGCAAAUCAGCAUGCUUCAUAUUCUUGGAUUGGACAAGAUAUUCUUGGCAUCUGUCUGAUGAUUACAGUUUUGCAAAUGGUUCGGUUACCCAACAUUAAAGUUGCAUCAGCUCUUCUUAGCUGCGCUUUUGUGUAUGACGUAUUCUGGGUGUUCAUAUCACCGCUUAUAUUCCAUGAAAGCGUCAUGAUUGCCGUAGCUCGUGGUGACAAUAGUGGUGGAGAAGCUAUUCCGAUGCUUUUAAGAAUCCCUCGCUUUUUUGACCCUUGGGGUGGCUAUGAUAUGAUUGGCUUUGGGGACAUUCUCUUUCCCGGUUUGCUUGUUGCAUUUAGUUAUAGAUAUGAAAGAUCAAAGAAGAAGGGCAUCUUGAAUGGUUACUUUCUUUGGUUGACAAUUGGAUACGCAUUCGGUCUGUUCCUCACCUAUCUUGCGCUAUAUCUAAUGGAUGGGCAUGGCCAACCCGCCUUGCUAUAUUUGGUUCCUUGCACCUUAGGGCUUACAAUUAUACUAGGGUGGCUGAGAGGAGACUUGAAUGAUUUGUGGAACUACGGCAAACAUCAGACGAGUAGUAUUCCUGCCGAAGAAUGUUGAGCAUUGGGUACAUCAAAAGCUGGUGAGAGAUGAAUAUGUAUCCAACUGCAUCAAGGAAAUUUGAUAAAGUUCACAGAAACAUGGUUCAAGUUACUGGAAGAACAUUAUCCGUAAAACACACCAUUUAGCUGACGAGUAGUAGAAGAAAAAUUCAGAAAUUCUUCUUUUAUCUUCUCAGAAAUGUAGCUGUAAGCUGUUCCAAUCUGGAAAUUUCUAUUUUAUUAUCCACCAUUGUCAUAAUAGUUCAUCUGAUUUUUUUUCCUUCCAAAUAUUACUCUGGUUGAGCAAUGUGCAUACUGCAAUUUACUUUAUUUCCCAAAAUGUAUGAAUGGCGCUUAUAAUCGUACUCAAA